GCAAUAAUAGACUAUAUGGCCAGCGGAGGGGGGGAAGCGCACCUAAACACUUCACUAUGGAAGGAGAGCAGCAUGAGGGGAGAUCGUGGGCAUGAGCGCGAAAGAAGCACACAUAUGGAGGCAGAGGUUCGGCUUGGCAUGCGGAACGAGGAGGAGAGACUCCAAACUUUCCAAAACUGGCCAAGAGAGGCGCCGGUGCGUCCCGGGGACCUGGCCCGGGCUGGAUUUUUCUAUCUGAGAUACGGUGAUACGGUGCAAUGUUUCUGCUGUGCUGGGAUACUACGGUACUGGGUUCAGGGAGACACCCCACUGGGUGAACACGAGAGGCAUUUUCCCACAUGCGGCUUUGUGAUGGGCAGAGAUGUGGGUAAUGUUCCGACGGCCUCCUCUGACUCUGUGGAUGGACAGCUCUUGAGUCAAUUGCAGCGGAUGACCGUGGACGAGCAGGUGUUAUUCGGACAGGCGGUGUACCCGGAGAUGGAGUCAGAGGACAGCAGACUGACCACCUAUCACAACUGGCCCACCGGAGCGUCAGUGCAACCUGAUACCCUGGCACGAGCUGGCUUUUUCUAUACAGGUCAUGGUGACAACGUGAAGUGUUUCUACUGUGAUGGUGGUCUGAGGAACUGGGAACCAGGAGAUGACCCAUGGCAGGAACAUGCAAAAUGGUUUCCACAAUGUGAAUAUUUGCUUCAAACCAGAGGACGGGAAUAUGUGAGCAACAUUCAACAAUCCCACUUUAACCUAAAUGAGAGAGUGGGUGGCUCUCUGUCAUCAUCUUCAGGAAGUAUUACAUCAGGGGUGGUGGGAGGGCAGAACACGGAGGCAGCAGUUAUGUUGUCUCCUGUAGUUCAGGCUGUCCUCCAGAUGGGUUUCCAGCGCUCACUGGUGGAGAGUCUGGUGCAGUCGCGCUAUCUGCUCACCGGCUCACACUAUACCUCAGUCUCUGACCUGGUGACCGACGUCCUUCAGGCCGAAGAGGAGGAAAGACAUACAGGAGAGCCCAGACCAGAGACUGUGGAGAGACAGGACAGCAGCACAAGUGAGAGAACACAGUCUGCAGUCAGGGAGAAAGUGCGAUCAGACCUCAGUCCAGAGGAACAGUUGAGACAGCUUCAGGAAGAGAGAACGUGUAAGGUGUGCAUGGACAAACUCGUCUCCAUGGUCUUUAUCCCCUGCGGCCAUCUGGUUGUCUGCACCGACUGCGCAGCCAGUCUGCACCACUGCCCCAUCUGCAGGGGAGUCAUCCGGGGCAGUGUGCGAGCAUUCAUGUCAUGAGGUUUCCACAUGCAUGAAAAAAGCAACAUUUUUUGUUGUACAACUUCAGACAAAUCAUUCUGCGUAGUAUUUCAAAAGCGGUGAAUGGUAUAAGCUCUCUAUUAUUAGCUUCUGAAUUCUUAAGCUGUCAAAUGUAGGUGGUGUUGGUGGUGCUUGAUAUUUGACUAAACAUCCUGCCAGACAGCAAGAGUUUGUGUGAAUUUCUAUCUUUCUAAAUGAGAAUGAGAAACUCUGAUGACUUUGAAUAUACAAGGAUAAUUUGUGAAAGAGCAUAUUAUUCAUAUUAUCAUAUUUUACUAUUAGUGUACGAACACAUUGUACUUUUAUUUUU